GAGCGGAGGUGAAGCGAGGUUUAAAAAAAUACACCCUUUUGCUGAAGGAACACAUUUGCUGGUAUAGUUUCAGAAUGUCAAGUCCUGUGUCCUACUGGAUCUUAAAUUCUGCAAGGAACAGCAUUGCCACAUUACAAGGGGGCAGGCAUUUAUAUUCAAGGUGUGUCUCAAGUAGGAAUAAAUCAAAAAGGACGCUCUUUCCCUGGGUAUCAAGCACCCUAAGAAACAAUGCCCCGUGUGGUGACUUUGCUCUGCCGAAAGCCUACAGACACACAUCGACAGAGGAAGACGAUUUCCACCUGCAGCUCAGCCCUGAGCAAGUAAAUGAAGUGUUGCGAGCUGGUGAGUCAGCCCACAAGAUUCUUGACCCCGUCAGCGGAGUCCCAAAUUCAGUGUUGCGGUUUGAGAGCAACCAGCUGGCUGCCAAUUCCCCAGUGGAGGACCGGCGAGGUGUGGCCUCCUGCCUGCAGACCAAUGGGCUGAUGUUUGGUGUCUUUGACGGACAUGGAGGCCAUGCAUGUGCUCAAGCAGUAAGUGAGAGGCUCUUCUACUACGUGGCAGUGUCACUGAUGUCUCAGCAGACCUUGGAGCAGAUGGAGGAAGCGAUGGAAAGCAUGAAGCCCAUGCUGCCCAUCCUGCAGUGGCUCAAGCACCCAGGGGACAGUAUCUACAAGGAUGUCACAUCAGUGCACCUUGAUCACCUCCGGGUCUACUGGCAGGAGCUGCUUGAACUGCACAUGGAAAUGGGACUGAACAUUAAGGAAGCAUUAAUGUACUCCUUCCAGAGACUCGAUUCUGACAUCUCGCUGGAAAUCCAGGCCCCUUUGGAAGACGAGAUGACAAGGAACCUUUCCCUCCAGGUUGCUUUCUCUGGGGCAACAGCUUGCGUGGCCCAUGUUGAUGGGGUUCACUUGCAUGUGGCAAAUGCUGGUGACUGCCGGGCCAUCCUUGGUGUCCAGGAGGACAAUGGCAUGUGGUCUUGUCUGCCCCUUACCUGCGACCACAAUGCCUGGAACCAGGCUGAGCUGUCACGGCUGAAGAGGGAGCAUCCUGAGUCAGAAGACAGGACAGUCAUCAUGGACGACAGGCUGCUGGGCAUCCUCAUGCCCUGCAGGGCAUUCGGAGAUGUCCAGCUGAAGUGGAGUAAAGAGCUGCAGCGCAGUGUCCUGGAGAGAGGCUUUGACACCGAGGCCCUCAACAUUUACCAGUUCACCCCACAGCACUACUACACUCCACCCUACCUGACUGCUGAGCCUGAGAUCACAUACCACAGGCUGAGGCCCCAGGAUAAGUUCCUUGUGCUGGCGUCAGAUGGCCUAUGGGACGUACUGGACAAUGAGGAUGUGGUGAGACUGGUGGUGGAGCACCUGAGUGAAGCAGGUCGGCACAAGCCAGACCUGGCCCAGAGACCAGCCAACCUGGGGCUCAUGCAAAGCCUGCUGCUGCAGAGGAAAGCCCAGGGGCUUCAUGUUGCCGACCAAAAUGCAGCCACACGUCUGAUCAGACAUGCCAUAGGGAGCAAUGAGUAUGGGGAGAUGGAUCCAGAACGGCUGACCGCAAUGCUGACAUUGCCAGAGGACUUGGCGAGAAUGUACAGGGAUGAUAUCACUGUCACUGUGGUGUAUUUUAACUCAGACUCAAUUGAUGCAUAUGAUAAGAGAGGUUAAGAAUUUCUCAUCCUAUUGCCAAGGUUCAUUUAAAUGUUCUCAGAUAUUUUCACUUAUUCUUAAACUGGCUAUUCAAACCUGUUAAAAGGGUAGUCAGGUGUAGCUUGCUUAAUAAUAGACUAAUGUGAAAAGAAAAGAAGACAA